CCACCAGACUUUUGUGGAUACAGACUAACAUGGCUACCCCCUGAUACCUGUGUCUUUAGAAAUACAAACUAGCUAUAUUAUUUCUCUGAACUGUCCGGAAAAGGGUUGGACAUUGCAGAACAUGCAAUUUGGGGGAAGUCCGGGAUUGGGAAUGUAUUGGGGUCACCCUGCAAGUAAUAACCAAGACUGGUAGAAGCCAGAGUGGGGCAGUGGAACUGAAGACAGGAUGAUGGGUUCAGAGCCACUGAACCAGAGCGCUCUAGCACACAGACAGAAACUCAGGAUGUGACCUGCAUGCUCAAAAGCUGGUUGGGAGCUACAACAGCAAAGCAUUGUGAGGCACCCAGAGCUGCAGGGCAGGUGGUGACACAACUUCUGACUGCUCUGAACUGCACCCCAGAACAUGACAGUAUGCAUAAGCGAGUAGUUUGAAAAGUAUGAUCGUUUCUAUAAAUAUUUGUCAAUUUACCCUUUUAUUCUGUCUAUUUUUGUUCAGCUAAAACACUCCUCUUCGGCCACAUAUGAAUGUGUGUCUGGAUUCAGGCACUACAACAGAGCUAGUCUCCAGGCAGCCUAAUCAGUACAGCUGGCCUGCAGCAGACUGCCUGAUUGGCUGGAGAGGCCAGCAGGCUGGCUCUUAAUCCAGCAGCAGCAGCUUCUCGCGGCCUGCUCAGUGCUCAUGCCCAACACUGUGACUGCUCCUGUGUUACCUGUUUGUUUCAGUUCCUCACCUCCAGUUUGCCCUUCAGCUCUAGUUUCUGACUGCUGACUCUGGCUCCACCCUUAGUCCCGAUGCUUGGUUUCCUGCACCUGCUGUGACCACCAGGCCACCCUGUCACCUGGCCAAGGAAACUUGCUCUGUUUUCCAUUUACCACUGAGCUUCAGCAAUGAUCAUGUUCCAGCCUCACAUAUAUGCUACGGUUUUUAUACUCUCAAUCCUUCAGGCCUUUGCCUUGGACAGCUAUAUUGCAGCAGUGUAUGAGCACUCUGUUAUAUUGCCAAAUGUCACUGAGAGACCUGUUUCACCUGAAGAUGCGUUGACACUAAUGAACAAAAAUAUGGAUGUUUUGGAAGGGGCCAUCAAAGCAGCAGCCCAACAGGGUGCACACAUCAUUGUGACUCCUGAAGAUGGCAUUUAUGGCUGGGUCUUCAAAAGAGACGCCAUUUUCCCCUAUCUUGAAGACAUCCCAGAUCCACAAGUAAACUGGAUUCCAUGCACUGACCCUGAAAGAUUUGCUCCUGCAGCAGUGCAGGAAAGGCUCAGCUGCAUGGCAAGAAACAACUCUAUCUAUGUGGUUGCCAAUAUUGGAGACAAGAAGCCAUGUAAUUCUAGUGAUCCCAAGUGCCCCAGCAAUGGACACUACCAAUACAAUACUAAUGUUGUCUUUGACUCAGAAGGGAAAUUAGUGGCACGCUAUCAUAAGUAUAAUCUCUUUAUGUCAGAAACUCAGUUUGAUUCCCCCAAGGAGCCAGAGAUUGUCACUUUCAACACAUCUUUUGGAAAGUUCGGCAUUUUCACUUGCUUUGACAUACUUUUUCAUGACCCAGCUGUGACUCUGGUGAGCAAAUUGCAUGUGGAUACUGUGCUGUUUCCCACUGCUUGGAUGAAUGUCCUACCACAUUUGACUGCUAUUGAAUUCCACUCCGCCUGGGCUAUGGGGAUGGGUGUCAAUUUACUUGCGGCUGAUACACACAACACCAGCCUGGCUAUGACAGGGAGUGGUAUCUAUGCACCUGAUGGACCCAGGGCAUUUCAUUACAAUAUGGAAACAGAGGACGGUCACCUCCUGGUUGCGGAACUGAGUUCACUACCUCGUCUUUCUCCCACCUACCCUUCUGCUGUUAACUGGAGCGCGUACGCCACAAGUGUCAAACAAUUCUCACCAGAUGACUGUAAUUUCAGUGGAGUCAUUUUCUUUGAUGAGUUCACCUUCACUGAACUCACUAAGCCUGAAGGAAAUCAUACAGUUUGCCAGAAAGACCUUUGCUGUCAUUUGAGCUACAGGAUGGCGGAGAAGCAAGAAGAUGAAGUUUAUGUGCUGGGUGCUUUUGAUGGCCUUCAUGUUGUUGAAGGAGAAUACUAUUUGCAGACAGACUUCAGAAUGAUAUGCACACUACUGAAGUGUAAAAGCACAGACUUGAAAACCUGUGGGCAGCCAGUGGCUACUGCUCACACCAGGUUUGAAGCAUUCUCUCUCAGCGGUACAUUUGGCACUAGUUACGUCUUCCCAGAAGUCUUGCUCAGUGGGGUUCAGCUGGCGCCUGGUGAAUUUCAGGUAUUAAGUGAUGGACGUUUGAUCAGUCAGAGUGGUACAUCUAAACCAGUUUUAACAGUGACGCUUUUUGGGAGGUGGUAUGAAAAGGACCCACCAUAACCACACUAGAUAUUGUUAUUUCAGAAUAACAAUGUCCCAUAAUGCAUCAUCGACCUAAACAAUAACCAGUGUGUUGUUUCCUGUUAUAAUUGUGCUUUGUUUAGUAAAUAUACAGCAGCCUAUUUCAUUACUAUUGCAUAUUGUGAAAUAAAUCAGCUGUGACUACUAUUUUAUGACUACUUAUCUUUUAUCACUGUUGAAUAGCGGUUGCCUUUGUCUCACAGACUUCUGGAAUUUGUUUUUUCUAGCAUGCAAAAAACUGAGCGUUAUGUUAACUGCAUAUCAAAAUACUUACAUAUUUUAUAAUUGUAGAUAACUAUGGGAUUAAUAAAUAAAAUAACUACAGGCCUGAUCCUGCAUAAUAAAUGCCAGAUAGAAAGGCACACAAAUGCAAGGAAUAGAACCUCCCAGCAUGCUGCUCAAGGAUGUGUGGCCUGUUCACUUCCUGUGUUUCCUAUUGUGAGUCAAAUACUCGCCAUGCUUACCACAGCCCCUUCCUUUCGCAGUUUCUCCAUGACCUUCUGUGUGCCAUACCCUCAUGCUCUCUGGACUGUUGCACUAUAU